AUGAGUUAUGAAUUAAACUUAGAUGUCUCGAAGAACACUCAAGAUGCUUCUGUCGCAAGUUAUUUAACGGAAAAUGUAUUUGAAAGGGAAAUCAAGGAAAUGAACGAAAUGAAUAGCUCAAACAUGAUUACGCAGAAAGAAGAGAUAAAGGAAGAAUCAUCGAGCGAUAAGAAGGAAAACAAAUCAAAACCUAUAAAAAAGAAUAAUUUUAUGAAAAUUUUAAAAAAAAAAAAAAAAUCGAAAGAAUGCAAAGAGGAAGAGUCUGCUUCGAAUAUAUAUGAUUCUAAUUAUCUGGUAUCUGAUCCAAAGCACAUUGAUUCACAGAAGUAUUAUCUUUCUUUUAGUGAGUUAAAUAAACAAGAUGAAAUAGUAGAUGGAAAAAAUGUACAAGCUAUUUCGUAUGACAGCGAAAAUGUAGACAUUUCAAAAAGAAAAGACAUAAAUAAAAAAAAAAUCAAUUUAGAAAGAAAAAUAUCGAUGGAUAGCAUAAAAAAGGCGAAGAUAAAAAGAAAGAAAAGAAGAAGCUCUAGAUUUGCUUACUUUGUGAAUGAUCAGUGGUGUGAUGAAAACAUGGGAAAGGUUGAAUUGAAAAGUGAAAAGGGUAGAGAAAAGAGAAUCGCAAAGAAGAGUGAAAUGAAGGAAGAAAAAAGAAAGGAAAUAAGAAACAGCAGAUGUGACGAUGAAGAUAAAAAUUUUAAUUUUGAACCCCAUGAAGAUUUAAAAAAAGAAAUUGAAAAAAUAAAAUUGGAUAUAGACAAGAUUAAGAAGAAAGGAAAUACAAAAAGAAUAUACGAUGAUUUAAAAUAUAUAUUACUAUUUCAAAAUGAAAUAAUUGAUAUAUUAAUUGAAGAUAUUAGAAAAAAUAAAUUAAGGAUAAAGUAUGAUUUACUUGAGGACAGUACAGUAAAAGAUGACGUAAAUAAGAUGAUAUUAAACCAUAUUACCUUAGAUCUUUUAAAAUUUAAAUAUAUAAAUACAAAAUUAAAAGAAUUAAUUUUGUGUGUGUAUGAUACGAAAAAAUUUAAUAGCUUAAUAAGGAAAAUAAUAUAUAAUAAUUUAGAUGACAUGAAAAGAGUUGUAGAUAAAAAUGGUGAGUUAACCUUUGGAAAAACCAUGUUGUCUUUUUUAUAUAAACAAUUGAAAUAUUGUUUAGAAGAAGAAGUACAGACAUAUUAUAAGGAUGUAAAGAAUUUAAAUGAUGAUAUUCAUAAUAUAAAAAAAAAUAUUAUGAAUAUUAUUCUUAGUUCAAUAGAUGAUGUUUGUUCUUUGCCUGCUCCGAAUCAGUUAUAUGGCAUGAAUGGAUCUGAAUGUAACGAAGAAAUGGAGCUAAAAAAAAAGCAGCUCAUAUGUCCCGUAUAUGCAAAAGAUAUUAAUAGGUUAUUUCAUAUGUAUGAUAAUGUUCACGCGGACGAAAUGAGUAAAAAUUAUAAUAUUGGAGGUCAUGGUGGUAAUGAUAAUAGCGGCAGUGGCAAUAGUGGCAAUGGCAAUAGUGGCAAUGGCAAUAGUGACAAUACAAAUGCUGAUAGUAAUAAUGAGCAUAUGCUAAAAAGGAAUAUAAGGAUUCGUAUUAAACGAGGAAAUGGCGAUAAGCCUUAUGUAAUACGCACAGGUAAUUAUGAGAAUGUUCGUCCUGAUACAUCAUAUAAUUACUUGUCUUCUACCCAUCUGAACAAUUUAAAUUAUCCCCAUAAUGCUAUUGAAAAUGCACGUGCCGUAUUUGAAAAUUAUAGGAACUCUAAAAUUACGAGUCACCCAGUUGCUUCAAAUACAAAUGAACCGAUAAAAAUCAUUCAAAAGCCAUAUUGUUAUAUAUCUAACUUAAAAAUAAAAAAAGAAGACGCUUUAUCUGAUUUGAAAAAUUAUUAUUAUAAUGUGAACUCACCAUGGGUUAAUAAAUUAUGUAGCAAUAAUAAUCAAUUGUAUUAUAACUUGAAGAAAAACAAUAGAAGGAUGCAAAGUAGUAAUAAUAUAGUAACUGGAAGUACUAAAGACUGUUCUAUUUUUUGUAAUGAUGUUAUUGAUAAAGCAAAGAAUGCAAUGAAUUAUAAGGAAUAUACAAAUAAUUAUAACACUGUAGGGGAUAACAAAUAUUCUCAUCUCGACAAAAAUGGAAGUAAUGAAGGUAAUUAUCGUGGGAAUGGAUGUAUACAACAUGUUCAGAAUGUGCGUAAUGACAACCCUCAGUUGGUUCACAAUUUUAGAAUUGAUAAUAAUAAUGCUAGCGGUACUUUUCCGAUUGUAGGAGAUGUAUGUAAAAAUGGUCAAGUGUCCGGAAUGUUCCUGAUGGACAAUCAUAUGCGUGGUUGUACACGCAAUAACAAUAACAAUAUUAAUAGUAAUAGAAAUAAUAAUGGUAAUAAUAAGUGCAAGUGUAAUAGUAACUGUAAUAACGCUUGGAGUUGCAGCAGCAGUAAUGGAAAUUGCGGAUGGCACGAAAAAGGUCGUUAUGUAACGGGUAAUACCAUGAACGAAAAGAAAGAGAGCAGUAAAAUUGGAAGUGGCAUGUACACGGGAUUUGAAAUUAUAUCAAGCAAAGAGGACAUAAUAAAAUUAGAAAAGUUAUUGAAUGAUAAAUGGGGAAGUUUUAAGUUAUUCGAAAAGUGGAUAAAGGAUUGUUCGAAGUGGCAAUGGAUCGAUUUAAAACUUCAAAGAGAAUAUAUAAGUAAUAAUAUAGAAUUAGAGAAAUUAAAAGAAGAAAAAAAAAAAUAUAUGGAAAAAUGUGUUAAUAAUAAAAUAAAAGAAUUAUGGUGUGGUCGUAUGAAAGGUUUGAUGAAUAUGAAAUUAUGUGAUAUAGAAAAAAGAAUAGCAAAAAAUUUCUCUUCAAAUAAUAUUAUGAAUAAUAAUAUUUAUCAUGUAACACUUGAUUAUGAGAGGAAUGCAAUGUGUUACCAUGAUUUAUAUGUAAAAUUGUUAAAUAUACAAAAUAAUAAUAAAAAAGAAGAUUUAUUAAAAAAAUAUAGUGAAUACAAAGAUAAGUGUAUUAUUAAUGAUGGCCCUUUCGCUGAUAAUGUUGGGAAAAAAGACUCCAUUGCAAUGAAUGCCGAAAAUUUGAAAUAUCCAAGUAAAAAAAAAGGCUAUGUCCAGUCAUUAAUUUAUAGUUUUAAUAAAAAAUCCCAGAAGCAGAGUAAUAAAGAUAGUUCUCAACCAAAGAAGGAAGAGGAAGAUACCAUCGAAAAGAGGAAUAGCGGUACGAUGAAUGAGCAGAACGCGAAGGAGGACAAGUUCCAGCAGAAAGCUGGUGAGGAUAAGCUCGACAAUAACAGGAGGAGAAGCGGUGCAAGUAAUAGAAGCGGAAUGAAGGAUAAAAGCGAAGAGAAGAACAAAAGAGAAGAGAAGAACAAAAGAGAAGAGAAGAACAAAAGAGAAGAGAAGAACAAAAGAGAAGAGAAGAACAAAAAUGAGGGAAAGAAGGGAAGAAGCAGUGAGAAGCGGAAGAGCAACGGUAAGAACAGCCCAAAUGAGAACAUCCGUCAAGUUGUCACCAAGAGGAAAUCAAAAAACGGGAAUGACGAAUCAUACAUUCUUAAAGAAUCCUAUUUGAUAAAUAAUUCGUAUGAAAGUAUUAGCUCACAUUCGUCUUCUAAAAAGUCAGAACAGUCAGAGAAAGAAAUAAAACAAAACAAUGGCUCUUUUUUCGAUAGUUUUUUAUUUUUUAAAAGUGAAGCGAAUAAAAAAAGCUCGCAUAGUAAAAGUAAAUCAGAUAAUUCUUUAUCAACACAUAAAACAAAAUCGAACAGUUCUCAUAAUGAAGAGUAUUAUUCUUUAAAAUAUUCAAAAAGUAUGGGAAAAGAAAAAUAUAAAAAGAAAAAAAAAACCAAAAAGAGUAAUAUGAUUACCUUUAAAAAAUUAUUUUAUCUAAACCGGAAAAAAAAGAGUAAGGAGAAAACAAAGAGCAGCAACAAAUCCUCAUCUGAAUCAUCUGAAGAGGAAGAUGUAAAAGAGGAUCAUACAAAAACGAAUAAAAAGAACAGUAUAAAUAGUAGGAAACAGGAUCAAAUGUUAACAAAUGAAAAUGGUACCAUUCAAAAAAUAAAUGGGGAUAAGAAAUCUUCAUCAUCUGAUGAAAAUAAAUAUGACUGGCAAAUGGAAUACGAUAUUUUAGAAAAAGAAGUGGGAGAUCAUUUACAUUUAGAGGGGAAAAAAGGGGAAGUAAUUUCCAUCGAAGCAUUAAAGAAAGAGUACAGUUAUGAUAUAUAUAGCAGAUCAAACAUUGGAAAUAGCAUGUACAUGAUGAGCAGAUAUGACAAAUUGAGCAAAACGGAAGUGGGUGAAGGCGAAGAAGCGGAUGAGGAGGAGGAAGAAUUGGAUGAAGAAGAAGGGGAAGAAGUAGCAGAGAUGGAAUAUAAGGAAGAAAGUAAAAUAGCGCAAUUUAGCAGUACCGGUAGAGGCGGUUCAGAUAUUUCUUCAAAAAAAAAUGCGUUUACACAAAAGGCAAAGGCACAAAACGCAAAGAAAGAAAACAUAAGAGAACAAAAUGCGAAGGAACAAAAGGAGUAUGCUGCAAGGAAAAGCGAUCUGGACAACGCACAACAGAAUGGGACGAUAAUGUUUGCUAAUUCUGUUAAGGAAAAUUACUUGAGUAAUAUAUCGAAAAAGCCAUUGAAAAUUUCCGAAGUAGUUAAUGAGAAAAAAACUUUACUUGAUGAAAAAUCAGAAGAGGGUGUUAUUCAUGAUAAUGAGGAUGCGAAGAACAGAAAAUGCAAAUUAACAGAAGAGAAAGGGGUAGAUAAUAACAUAGAAGAGCACAUAAAAAAUAAUAGUAAAAAAAAUAGUGUACGUACCAAUUCUGAUAUAUCCUACUAUUCAAAUGUGGAAGAUAAUAAAUUUGAUAAAUUCUCAACAGUAGGUGCUAUUAAAAAAGGGAAUAAAAAAAAUAAAUUUAAUAAAUUUUUUAAAAAUUUAGGCAAGUUUAGUUUUAAGGCUUCAAAAAAUAAAGGAAGCAAAAAAUCAAAGUAUGCAAACAAUGCCAUUUUGACUAGUGCUGUUUCGAUUGAUCUUGAUGAUUCGAAAAUGGACUCCGAACAUGAAGCAGAAAAGGUGCGUGAUCAUAAGGAGGGCAAUUAUAAGGAAGAUGAUAACCACAUGAAAUAUCUAUCUAAAAGUUUCGUUUCAAAUAGCGAUAGGAGUAAUAAAAAGAAUGUUUAUUCGAGAAGAAAAAUGAGUAAUCAAGUUGACAAGUUAUACUCAUAUAUAAGCAAAUUGAAAGAGAAAAAAAAAAAUUCCACUGAAAUGGAAGAGAGCAUAAUGGAUGAUAAACUAAUAUUAUCCAGGAAUGCAGAAACGCGGAUAGAUGCUAAGGGAAGUGUCAGUAAGGAAGAGAGGAGCGGUGAAAUAAGUAUGAGUGAGAUUCAAAUUAAAGAAGAGAGUAAAGGAAUACAAUGUAACAGCCGAGGUAUAAUGGACAAAAGUAAUGUCUUAUCAAAGAGUACUAUUAUUGAAGAAGAGAAAAAAAAAGAUGAGGAUGUUGAAUAUUUUUUAAAAGAGAUUAACAGUGAUAACAGUAUUGAUUAUGAGGAAUAUGUAUUAGAUAAAAAAAAUAUGAACACUCUUAAACAGUCACCUCGAUUUGGUUACAGUUUUUCUAACCAGGAUAUUUUAAAAGAUAAUAAAAAUUUAUUUAAUGGCGUUUUAAAUGGAAAUGAAAUAUCUGAACAUAAUUUUAAAAAGAGUAAUGAAAUAAAAGAGUGUAAAAAUAAGUAUUACUACUAUGACAAAUAUGAUGAAGCAAAGAGCAUAACAUAUAAAAAGGAAAAGAAUAAAAAUAAUAAAAAUAAAAGCGUAAACAUGGACGUAAACAAAAACAACGAUAUACAGAUGGACGUAAACAAAAACAACGAUAUACAGAUGGACGUAAACAAAAACAACGAUAUACAGAUGGACGUAAACAAAAACAACGAUAUACAGAUGGACGUUAACAAAAACAACGAUAUACAGAUGGACGUUAACAAAAACAACGAUAUACAGAUGGACGUAAACAAAAACAAAAGCAAAAAUGUUCGAGUUUCUUCAUUCUCAUCUGAUAAUUUAAAUAUAUAUUUGAAAAAAAAAAAAAAUGACCCCGAUAUGAAGAAAGAAGAGACGAAUGAUAUGGGUGCAAUAUAUUCCUAUAAUGCAGUUCACAGCAGGAUAGGUGAUGAUAGUAUGUAUAAUAACAUAUGUAUGGAUGUAAAAGAUAAAUACAGAAAGGAUACUACAAAUAAAUUUUUAAGUAAACCAAAUCCUUCAAUAUAUUCCAAAAAAAAUAACACAAAAAAACGAGAUGAAAAUUCAUCAAAUUCGUUAGAUAUUGUACGCUUAUCAAGUUUUAAGUCAGGAUCACGUAUUAAUGUCAUGUGUAAUGAAGAAAAAAAAAAUAAAAUGAAAAUAAAAAAAAAAAUUAAUUCCUUAUUAUCCAAUAGUAGUGAUUCAAAAAAGGGCUACCUAUCGGAAAGCAAAAAGGAAAACAAUUCUUAUUACAAGUAUGUGCAAUCAAUUUUACCCUUUGGGAUGUUAACACAGAGAGAAAACAGUGAGGAAUACAAUGAACAUAGUAGAAAAAAAAGCUUCUCUGAUAAGAACAGUUGA